AAUAAAUGCAAUUUAUUUUUUAAUCUUGUGAAUCUGUGAUAGGGGAAAAAUGUAACUAAAGGAAGAAAAUGAGAUUUUUUUUAUUAUUAUUUGCUACAUUUUGAAAGGCGGGACCAUCAUGAUUUUUAACAACGAGAUUCAAGUAUUAACUUUUUCAAAAUAUAUAUGGACAAGCUACCUUUGGAAUUGUUCAGAGGAUAAAUAGGUUAGAUGAUUUUUUUGUUGUUCACGUCGAUAGUGUAGAUGGAUCUUAGAUUGUUUGUUUCUGAGUCAGCUGUCUGAGAUGUCCAGAAGUCAGAAUUCGCAUGGAUUUCUGUGAUGUUCGUUCAAAGGCAAGAAAAUUGCAUAAACAAAUCCAUGUGAUAAAGGUGAAUCACGGAUUACAUAAUCUUUGGUUCCUAGUGUGAGGAACUGUAAUCAGUAGCUGAAUUUCUACUUCUAUGUUUGUUUUAAAACAUUAAGAAGAAAUCCCUCAAAUCAUGGAGGCAGCUGUUGGUGUUAUCAUGAGAGUUCCAGGAUUGUUCAUCAUUGAUUACUGGUGGCAGCAUGAUCGCUAUAAGUCGUUACCUCAUUCUAUGGAAUUGGGAGAAAUUUUGAAUUGUGUUAUCACUAAUUUAGUACUUCUUCAUGGUUUUCUUCUAUUAUUGCUACCAUUGCGACACGUACAGGCCUUAUAUACACAUUUUGUAAGUGGAGCUCUUAUAUUUAGCUGCCAUAUUGUCUCCAGCUACUAUAUUGACGUGGAAACAAACAAGAUUGUGACUGCUGAAGACGAUCCAUUCUUUUUAAGACGACAAGUAGCUAUGUUCAUAUUUCAUGGAUGUCUUGGAGGUCUUAUCUCUUUCCUGUUGAAAGGCCCAUGGCUAUUUGUUACGCCAGUAUUUGCGGUGUAUAUAAUACCUGUAAUUGCGCGGUUGGCAAACUUGCCGGUGGAUACGCUUCCUUUUUUUCAAAACUUUUGUGAUGCCGUUACAGGAUUCAACGUACUUCUUUAUAUUACUUACCAGAUCCCAACUAUUGUGGAUUGUGCCAAAUUAGCUUACAUGGAUGCUCUUACUGUCACAGAAGUACAUGGAUUAGGGACAUUGUUCAUUCUGUUAUGGAAUAAACUAUUUGUCCCUACCCAUUUUGCCUUAUUCUGGUUGAUAGAAUUCUUUGUGAAGCUUAUUGGAAGCAUUUAUCAAGUUGAAAGAUUGGCUUGGGGUGAUGAAUGGUAUUUAAUAUUGUUGACUACCAUCAGUUCCAUUUGUGCUAGUCCUGUUACCCUUGUUGCCACUUCUGUCACUGUAUCUUACUUAUCCUUUUUUAUCCUAUGCUCUACGCGGGCAUACCUUCAAGGGUUUUCCGCAUUCUUCCAUGAUAACCCAAUGCAUAGUGGUUGGACUGAAGGCUUAACACUUAUCCUGCUAUCAUUCCAGACAGGAUUGAUGGAAAUGAAGAUGCCAGCCCGAAUGGCAGUGAUGACAAUCAUUCUAUUCAUUGUCCUCUCUUCCUUGCUGCAGUCUAUGCUAGAAAUAGCUGAACCCGUGGUUCUGGCCUUGAGUGCAUCAAGGAGUCGGAGCCUGUGGCGACAUUUCAGAGCUUUGAGUUUGUGUUUCGCUUUGUUGGUCUUCCCUCUGUACUUAACGCGAGUGCUUUCAGCUGUAUUUCCUAUUGACUUUUGGAUGAUGGUGGUUCUCUCCAGCUGCACGCUGACAUCUGUCCAAGUUCUCGACCUUUUAGUUGUGCAUUCCUUAUUUCUGUAUGACUCAGUACGAUUUGAGCCAUGGGAGAACUUGGAUGACAUCGUAUAUUACACUAGAGCAGUCACGAAAGUUUUGGAAUUUUUCGUUGCCAUUUUUGUCGUCGGCAUGGGACUGUGGGAAUCAACUUCUGGCAAGUGGAACUUGGUGAAUGCUUCGAUUCUGUUGAUUCACUGUUACUUCAAUGUUUGGCAACGUUUACAAACUGGUUGGAGAAGCUUUCUACUUAGGAGAGAGGCAGCCAAAAAGGCGAAGUCACUACCCUCUGCCACAGAGGAACAGCUCUCUCAACUAGAUGAUGUAUGCUCUAUCUGCUUCGGCAGCAUGAGAGCUGCAUGUGUUACGCCUUGUCAACACUACUUUCAUCGGACUUGCUUGCGGAAGUGGCUUUACGUGCAAGACAAAUGCCCUCUUUGUCACAGUGUGGUUACUUUACAUCCUAAUGAAGACACUGAUUUAGCUCAAGAUGAACAAAGAACAGGUGAAAGAUAUGCUGCUGCUGCUCAGUGAAAAGUUGCCAAUCUAUUUUGAAUCUUAAUUUUUUGUGAAUAUAUGUAUAUAGCUCUAUAUAAUAAUAUUUAAAAAUUAUUUUCUUUGUUAAUUAAAAUGUGAUAAUAUUCUGAUAGGUGUAAAUAUAUAAAAUGUGUUUAAAUGAUAUGAGCCUAAGGCUUUAACCAUAUUUUCAAUUAUUUUAAUAAGAACAGUUCGUGCCAUUUUUAAUGGUAGUGAUAAAUAUCUUCCUUUUACAUGUUCUUAAAGAUCCCUUAACGAAUCUGUCUCAUUCUUAUAGUUCUAUCUAUUUUUUACGUUAAAAGUUUUUGACAUUUCAGAAUUUUAAUGUUUAUUUUAUUCGUAAUUUGUGAUCGCAUUUCUCUUGUUAAAAAUUAAGUCAUUUUUUUAUCAGUGAUUUAUAUGUUCAUGUAAGUAAUUCACCAUCAUCUGUCCAUGUUAGUUUCCUGUAUUAUAUGUAUAUUUCGGUGUGCUUCAAUAAAAAUUUGUGAGCAUUUCUUUGAAGUGUGAAUAAAUUUAAUUGUAAAAAAAAAAGAGAAAGAAAGAGAUGGAUUUUACUGUAAUAAAUGUUUGUGGCACAUUCACGCACAUCGAAUUGUUGACAAUUUCAUUUGAAUCACUAUUUUAGAAAAGCACAAAGUAAAUAAAUAUUAUUUAUUUUACGAAUCCGUGUUUGCUAAUUUCUCGUUUUAAAUAAAUUAUUUUUCUAUUGUUUGUGUAGAAAAUAUAUAUACGAGGUAUCUACAGAACCAGCCAUCUCCAUAACUAGGCUGGGUCUAUAAGGACUAAAACAAUCUUUGUAAAGUAAAAAUUUUUGAGUGCUUUAAAAGGCACACAGGUACAUUGAAAAUAGCGCACCAAGGAGGAAGAAAAAUGCAAUUGUGAAACUUUGCAAAUAAGUACAGUGAGAUCCGAUAUGCAAAUGAUCCAAGUUUGAUGAGAUUGCGCUUGACCACGAUUUGAAUUUCUCAAGAAUUGCACAGUAAUUUUCCAAUUACAUAAUGCUCAUUUGCAUAUAGCUCGAGUUCCUCGAGAAUUCCCUACGUCAUGUUCAGGCUCUUCCAUAUCUGAUCCGCUCCCCGGAUUUGUCCUCUAUAGAGCUUCCAUGGACCAGCUGAAAUGCCAGAUGCCAACGUGUUACUCUAUACGUGAUUUGCAAUUGGUUGUUCAUGAUUCGAGGUUCCAUCUGUCUCAAACAUCUAAUUAACAUAAUGCUGGACCGUAUUGCGUCAGGCACUGCUGCAGGAAGUGGUCCCACGCGCUAUAUAAAUUGAAGUAUAUUUGUCUAAUUGUGUACGCUGCAUUUGAUUAAUUGUCUUGAUUUUUGGAUCCAUUCAGCUGUAUCAUUAUAUGUAUUAAAUUUCAUUUCAAUUCGAUGCUUCCUUCAUCCUUCCUGCUUCCGUAUGUGUAUUAAAUUCUUU